AUGAAUCGUUAUGAUGACGGCGAGCUAGAAAUAUCUCUGGCACCUUCCGCAAAUCAUCGUGCACAGCAUAGAUCCUCGGAAGCCAGUUCCAACCCCCGUCGGGAUUCACAAAAUGGAGGGAAUAGGAGGAUGGAAUCUGCUCCGCAGAAGAAAACUGAGCAGCGUGUGGGCGCAUACUCGGUCGUUCGUACACUCGGAGAGGGUUCUUUUGGAAAGGUGAAAUUGGCCGUUCAUCGCGUUACACAGCAACAGGUUGCGCUGAAGAUUAUUGCGAGGAGGAAGUUGAUUAGUCGUGAUAUGGCUGGGAGAGUCGAGAGAGAGAUCGAAUAUCUUCAACUUUUGAGACAUCCGCAUAUUAUCAAAUUAUAUACAGUCAUUAAGACGCCUCACGAGAUUAUUAUGGUUCUUGAAUAUGCCGGGAACGAAUUAUUCGAUUACAUUGUACAACAUGGAAAGAUGAGAGAAGAUGAAGCGAGACGGUUUUUUCAACAGAUAAUUUGCGCAGUCGAAUAUUGUCAUAGACAUAAGAUCGUACAUCGAGAUUUGAAACCCGAGAAUCUUCUCCUCGAUGAGAAUCUCAAUGUCAAAAUUGCCGAUUUCGGACUUAGUAAUAUCAUGACGGAUGGAAAUUUCCUCAAGACAAGUUGCGGAAGUCCGAAUUAUGCCGCACCAGAGGUCAUCAACGGAAAGUUAUACGCUGGUCCGGAGGUCGACGUUUGGAGUUGCGGUGUCAUAUUGUAUGUUUUACUUGUGGGGAGAUUACCUUUCGAUGAUGAACAUAUUCCUUCUCUCUUUGCAAAAAUUGCUAGGGGUCAAUAUAAUGUCCCUAGUUAUAUGGGUCGUGAAGCUGCUGCUUUGAUCAAGAAGAUGUUAGCAGUCAAUCCGGUCUAUAGAGCUACUAUCGCGGAAAUCCGAGAUGAUCCAUGGUUUACCACAAAUUUACCUGCUUAUUUGCAACCUCCGGUGGAAGAAUUUAUUGAUACCGGAGUUGAUCCGGCGAAAGCUAUUAACCCUCGAGCGAUAGCGCCUCAUGCUAGUCCGGCCAUUCAAGAGAAAUUGCAUGUGCAAGUUACUGAAAAGAUCAGUAAGACUAUGGGUUAUGGUAUUAAGGAUGUUCAAGAGGCUUUGGCUGCAGAAGAACCUUCGGCCAUUAAAGAUGCAUAUCUUAUUGUUCGAGAGAAUAAGUUGAUGCAAGCUAAUCUUACAGCAAAUCUCACGGAUGAUAAAAAUCAACUCCUUUUUCAAAUUCCUUCGCCUCCAACUUAUGACUCAACAAUUCCUCCAUCAAUGCCUGAUUCUCCUUCACCUCUUGUCAAGGAGCGACCUGGUAAUAUUCCACCAACAGCUCCACCAUUUCAACCUCGACCAAGCCCCCUUCUCGAUGCCGUAUCACCUAGAUCUAGUAGUUCAAUUGGAACUGAUAGAUCAUUUGUUCGACCAUAUGUGAGCAAAAUAGGAAUAUUACCAAGCAGUAUUCCACAGUACCACAAAGAGUUUAUGGAAACACAUAAAUCUGGUCAUCAGGAGAGUACUCUAUCAAACUCUCAUUCAGAAACAAUCGAACCUUCACCUCAGACUGAAGCGGAAAAAGCCGAGACAGUUCGACGAUUAAAUCCACAUUCUAGGAGUUUAGCUAAACUUGAUGAAGGCAAGAAACCAGCGGGUAUGACUCCAGUUCCUGUUAAAAAGGCAAAACCUACCAAGUGGCAAUUUGGAAUCCGUUCACGAAAUCAACCUCUUGAAGCAAUUGGAUGCAUUUAUAGAGCUCUUCAAAAGCUUGGUGCUGAAUGGUUAGUGGGAGAUGAAUGGACACCUGGUCAAAGUGAAAAUAAUGGGAACAAAAGGAAUGAUGAUAAUGAUGAUAACGAUGAUCCAAAUGGGAGUGGUGCUUCUUUGCAUCGCGAAACUUCUAUGAAUGACAACUCGAAGAAAAAUAGAUUUAGUGGUAUUGAUAAGAAAGGCAACUAUAAGUUACCGGAAGAUCCAUGGGUCUUACAUGUCCGUUGGAAGAAAACUGGUGUAUAUCUUGUGGAUUUCAAAUGCGCAGGCUAUGAAACUGCAGAUGGUAUGAUGUGUGAGGAAAAAGAUGUUACGAGUCCUUUUCCUUUCUUGGAUUUGGCUAGUAAAUUAAUCAUUCAAUUGGCAGAAGCUGAUUAA